AUAGGCAACUGAUAUGAGGUAAUUUCACCCACCAUUCUCAUUAGCUAUUGAUUGAUCAUAUAUAACCAUCAUGGGAUCCAAAGCUCUUCAAUUCUUCUCAUUCACCCUCCUCCUUUUCUUCAUGUUUCAGGCUGCUUUUUCACAUUUCGAACACAAAAAUCCAUCGCCAUUUGAGUUCCUUCAGCAUCUUCAAGGAUUCCAUAAGGGAGACCGCGUUAAAGACCUACAUAAACUCAAAAAAUACCUCCAAAACUUCGGGUAUUUGAGUUAUAAGAACAACACCCAUGUCAGUGACGAUGAUUUCGAUGAGCUGUUGGAGUCCGCCAUUAGAACUUAUCAGUUGAAUUAUAAUCUGAAAGCAACCGGAAGGUUGGACGCCAAUACUAUAUCGAAGAUGAUGAGACCACGAUGCGCCGUCGCAGAUAUCUUCAAUGGAACUUCGAGGAUGCGGUAUGGUCAAAAAUGGCACCGCCGUUCAGGGUCGAAAUUAGUUCAUACGGUGUCACACUAUUCGUUUUUCCCCCAAGAACCGAGAUGGCCGGCUUCAAAGUACAAUUUGACGUACGCAUUUCUUCCGGGGGCUCGAGUUGAUGCCAUUAACCCAGUUUCAAAAGCUUUUCAAACAUGGUCCGAAAACACACAUUUCAGAUUUUCAAUGACUGAAGACUAUGUAAAUGCUGAUAUAAAAGUUAGCUUUGAAAGUGGUGAUCACGGAGAUGGGUCUCCUUUUGACGGACCUAAUGGAACCUUGGCUCAUGCUUUUGCACCAACCGAUGGGAGGUUCCAUUAUGAUGCAGAUGAAUCAUGGUCUGUAACUCCAGACCCUAGUGCGUAUCAUUUGGAGACUCUGGCAUUGCAUGAAAUUGGACAUCUUCUUGGUUUAGAUCACAGCUCCAUUGAAGCAGCCAUCAUGUAUCCCACUUUCACGCUUGGAGAAAGCAAGGGUCUGCAUGAGGAUGAUAUUCAAGGAAUCAAGGCUUUAUAUAACGUUUGA